AUAAAUUGGACUUCUCAUUUUUAUUUUAGGAAAAUACUUUUGCAUUGGUAUUUUGACUCAUUAUCAUAACAAAUUUGGAAAUGAUAAGGAAGAGGUAUUCUACUGUUAGUUUUCUUAGAGAAUAUGUUUACAGUAAGGGUUUGCGCUUACACUUGAGAUGAAUUCAAUGCCACUGACUUCUGCCUCUUCUUGCCCUGCUUGUUAUUGAGGUUGAUGGUUCAUUUGUUAAAAGGUGAUACUAGUUUGACCGUCAAAGGCUUGAUCUUCCCUUUUCAGAUCAUGGUGACAUAAUAGAGAUCAAAUAGCUUACUUGACUUGAGAGAGAAGGCAUAAAUCAGCAACCAUAUCCUUUUCUGGUACAUAAAUCGGCAGUCAUAUCUACAGCCAAUAAUUUGAAUAAUACCAUAUGUAUAAGCUUUUUUCACUUCUUGAUUUGUCAUUUUACUUUCUUUCUUUCUUUCUUUCUUCCUCUUCCCCUUUUUUUUUUUUUUGGUGGUUUUGCUGGGCACAGGAAGUUGGUUUCAGAGAAGAAUAGAGACUUGUUAUAGGCACUGAUUACUUCUUUGGCUCUUUGGGCCUUGCUGAUCUAUAUAACUUCUAAAACAAAUUAUCUUAAAUUUUCCAGAAAGUAUAAAGAAAGGAUAGUUUUCUGAGAAAAAACCAUAAUGGCAUUUGUUACCUUUAUAUCCAUAUCAAAUAAUUGUGCAUGUCAUGACUGUCCAAUUUGGCAGUUGCCUAGGAAGGGGUAGUUAAUUUUGAAACUAAAUUUGAUGAAAAAUAGAGAUAAGGAAUGAAAAGCUGGUGGUUCUAGGGUUUCUGGUGAGCUGUUACCAUGGAAUGACAGUGAGGGUGGGACAUUGCUGGUACAACUCAUUGAAAGGCGUGGAAACUGUGGACCACGUUGUAGUCUGCACAGGAUGGAUAAGUAUCAGUGAACCAGCCUGAAUGAAUGGUUUUCUAAAUCAUGUAAAAGAGUUAUGAAGGUGCCAAAUACACACAAAUCCUAGCCUGCCGGCCUUCUCCUUUUGAGGAAUCUUUGUGCAUGCUAACCUCUUAUUAUUGCUUGGAAACUGUCUCUGGAUUUUCUAGAUGCCUUAAUCUUUAGGUCUUUCAUGUGUUGGUUUUCCUCGUGCACCUUAUAUAUUGGUUAUGCCCGCAUUUCUGCCUUUCUUUUUGCUUUCUGUUCUAAGUUCAUUGCUUAUUAGAAAGAAGGAAAAAUGAAAAUAAAAAAAUGAUUAAGCAAACGAAGGAAAGAAGAAAGUGAUUGAAUUUAAUUCAAGCUCUUAAAGAUGGCAAAACCUACUAAAUCAAGGCCUUGCUUUUAAUCAGUUUAACCAAUUUCUUACUAGCUCUUCUUAAACUUGGACUAAUUUUACCAUAUAUAGGGGCUGUUAAUACAUGUAAUCUUUUACUGUCAUGUUGUAAUGAUUGGGAAAACAGCGCAUUGGAAUUAUGGUCAGUUAAGGCAUGUUUUUCUUAAGUGAACAUUGCUCUGUUUUGACAACCCAUGCAGCCUUGUGCAAUUCAAAGUUGCAGUUUAUCCUAAUUAGCCAUUUCGAUUCUGGUUGUAUCCUGGUUUGAAAACCUCAAUGAAUAGUAUCAUUUGUAUGCAGUAACGUCUUUGUGACAACUGAAGUUAUCUAUUAAUCAAGUACAAUCUAAGGCAAUAUAAACCAUGGUAAUUAGGACUUUCUUUACCACUAAUAAAAAUAUUAGGACUUUAUUUACCAUAUGAAAUCAAAGUAUGUCAUGAUUCUAUGAAGUGAACUGACAAUUUUAUAUUUCAGGGGUUCCUUAGCAUUCUGGUGCCUCUAAUUCUUAUUUAUCAGAAUGCUUACGAUUCCCUAGUGAAGUUA